AUGCCCGCUCCAGCUCCUUUAGAUAACCUCUCUCAAUCACAAUUGCAAUCGCAGACCCAAGUACCGCCCAAUUUGACAUCUCAUCAUCGAUCCACGUCUUCGGUCACCAGCCACCAAACCGACAGCCCGGCGGGUACACCUCCAGCUCCAGGUACGACGGCUACACAGCAUAAAGAACAUAAAGCGAAAGGCGAGCGAAAACACGUAGUCGGUGGCGGCAAAUACGGACGCGUGAGCAGUAAUAAGGCGCUGCAUAAAUUAUCCCGCCAAACGACUACUCACCACAACAAUACCAGUAAUCAUACCCAUCACACAAGCAACGACAAUCUCAAGGAAUUCCAAGCUCCUUGGGAUAAACCACAUAAUUCUAGCACGAAUCUCAAUCGUCAGAAGAAUUAUUCGCAGACGGCUUUGAAACGUAAUCGGAGCUCGGCAGAUGUACGGCAGAGUGUCGAACCGACGAGAAGACCUAAGAGUUCGGAUGGUUCGCAAAGUACGCCCGGCAAAAAGAGACCCAGUGGUGUGCAUUUUGAACUGGGUAUAGGUACGCCAGGAAAAGCAGAGCCUGAAGAGGAUACCGAAGAGGGCUGGGAAGAAGCGAGUUCGACUGCAAGUCCGGCUGUAAGUCGCAGUGCUAAUACAUCUGCCAAACAAUCUGCUGCCAAUUCCGCCGUCAGUUCUCGACAUCAUUCUCCUCUUUUGUCGCCCAAAUUGAAAAGACCUACUGCUGGAGAUUCAGUAAGGGAUUUUGCAAAGGAAAGCACGGUGGGCAAUCUGGACGGGAAUGGUAGUUUGAAAACGAAUACUGCGACAAAUAGAAAUAGUAGUUCUAGUGUGGAUGCAAAGAUUAUCACGGAGAAGUUACUUCAGAGAACUCCUCAUCCUUUUUCGGAGACCAAAAUGAGUAUGGCGACUGCAAAACUGAUGCCGAAGGUGGCUCAUAUACCUUCUAGUAAUGUAGAUCAAGCGACGGGAAUGGUAAAAAGUAUGGGUGCUAGUACUGCAUCUGGAAAUCAGGAAUUGAUAUCAAGAUUUGUGGGGGGUGUUGGGACGCCCGGGGAAGAUAGCCCCAAAUUUCCUCCGCCGGAUCAUAGUAGGGAGUCUAGGACGGGAGGGGUGAAUGGGAGUGAGCUGGAAAAGAAUGCGAAUGGAGGUGGUGGGGCAGGAGAAAUGGCAAGAGCGAAAUCGAUGGGAAACUUAACGAGGCAGGAUGUUGACGUGAAAGAGGAGUCGGCGCUAUUACCCAGGAGUCGGAAAGAUUCUACAAGUGGGCCCAAUAGACCGGCUAAUGCGUACAAUUCUCGCACGCAACAGAAACUAUGGCUCCAAAGAGCAUCAUCAAAUAUUGAACCGCAGAGAGAGGGACUCGGUGCAUUAUCUUUAUUGAACGGAGGUCUAGGAAUGGGACAUCAUGGUGGAGGAAGCAGUAUGGGCUUUGGUCCUGGAAUAGGAAUUGGUAUGGGAAUGGGUAGCGGUAUGGGUGGGUAUUUAAUGGGUGGAGAUGGAAAGGGAGACCCAAGAAUUAAAGUACAGCUUGAGCGGACGGGACUCGAAUAUUUGGUGGUGAGACGUCAUCAGGAUCCCGUUGGACGCGGUAUCAAGAGAUUAGAAAAAAUGGGGGUGCUUGGGCAAGCGGGCAAGAAUAUCCCUGGAAAUGGGCAUGGUCAUAGUAAAAGUACGAGUGUGAGUCGAGCGGUGAGCCGAGCAGGCAGUUUGAGGGAGAGGAAUGCGAAUGCGAAUGCGAGGAAGGGGGUAAGACAGAGUUUUGAUACGGAGAGGGAGAGGGGUAGUGAUACAGAUAGGGAUGGAGUGGCGGGUAGUGGGUUGGAUGAGGAUAAUGUGGCAGCGCUUUUGAGGGGCUUGUGGGAAAAGAAUUUUGAGGGGAGUGGGAGUGCGGAUUAG